AUGACGAUUACAUUUGAGACCCCCGACGAGAAUGGCGACCAAGCGCCCCGGAGGGCAUCCCAGCAGCAGAAGAAACGAAACUCAGUGGCGUUCAAGCGAACCAGCGUCAAAUUUGCGUCUCCAACACCGUCAGAAUCGGAGGAAGUCGGGUCAAUCUCGGACGAUGAACCGGUUGGAUCGAGAAAUAUUUGGCUGAUGAGGUCGUUGCAAGGAGGCGCUGUGUUGCUGAUGUUGACAGCGGUUAUUGGAACUUGUUAUUAUGCGAUUAGCAAUAGUAAGUAACUUUGGGAAAAUGUGUAUUAUCAAAAAAUAGUCAUUUUUUGGAAAUUCCCUAGGCUUGGCUCUUAGCAAUUGUUAAAUUUUUUUUGCAAGGACACAUAGAAAAAUUAUUCACGAAAAAAUAACUGACAGGGAAAAGUAGGCCAAGCGCGACGGUCGGAUUUUAAUGAAAUUUGGCACAAAUUUAAAAAAUAUUUUUUAAGCCGUAUGCGAGAGUCCAAGCUUGCGAUUUGCAAAAACGACCGAGAUUUUUAUGUCAAAAGUUGGAAAGAAUCAGCCAUUUGUUUGACAAUUUUGGCACGAAAAAGUUUCACGCCUAUUUCUACCAUAGAGGGUAAUGUUUCCACAAAAGAUCUAUUUUAUCAAUGCGAAACUGGCACGGCAAAAACGUGUUUUUAUAUCUGACCGCACUCCGCUUUUGCAUACUCUCUCGGCAACAAAGAUCGUUGAAUAUGUCGGCUGCCAUCCGAAAAUGUGGGCAAAGGAUUUUAAGAAUUGAUUUGUGGUCUAUGCCCAAGCUGCGUUCAAAAUUUAGAAAAUUUGAGCGUUUUUUUUCAGGUAACGACACGACACCUCAAAACAGAGAGCGCUUCAACAGUUCGAAGCCGUAUACGCCAAAUUUCACUCAAUAUUGUGUGGAUGGGAUUGUCAACAUAACAAAGGAAAAAAAUGGGGAAAAUGUGAGCCUUAUUUGUGGCUCCAAAAAUGUCGGAUCAGAGCCUUGUCUAGCUCGCAUACAGUGGGGACCUUGAUCCAGUAGCAAAAAACGUACCAUUAUGCAUACGGGAAGUAUCAAAAGCGUGGAAAAAUGCUUCCCUCUCCAAGUGAAAAAAACUUUUCCUUCACAAAAGAGUGGGUGCGCUUUUAAAAUCGUAGUUUUUUUACUUGGAGAGGGAGGUAUUUUGCCACGUUUUUUAUCCUUCCUGGAUGCAAAAUGGUACGUUUUUUGCCACUGGAUCAGGUCCCCCACUGUAGAGAAAUUAACCCAUUCUUUGCAGACAGUCGAAACAUCCUCCUCUUUCUGGUAUCAAAACGCCAAAACUAAGAAAUUACAUGUGAAGUUGGACAGGGAUACGAUUGCUUUGGUCUUCAAUAACUCGGCGUAUUUCGCAAAGCUUGAUGGCCAUGGGGAAGUUAUUGUAAGUAUCAAAGUUUACAGUGGCGGACCUGAUCCAGUGGCAAAAAAACGUAUCAUUUUGCAUUCGGGAAGCAUCAAAAAAUGUAGCAGAAUACCUCCCUCUCCAAGUGAAAAAACUCUGAUUUCAAAAUCGCGCCCGCUCUUUUUGUGAGCGCGCCCUUCAAAACGGAGCUUUAUAAUCGGAGAGGAAGCAUUUUGCCACAUUUUUGAUACUUUCCGUAUGCCUAAUGGUACCUUUUUUGCCACUGGAUAAGAUCCGACACUGUAUACUAUAAUAUAUCAGCCUGUCGGGGAAAUAAUGAGUACUCUGUCGCAUCGAAAAUCGCAUCGCCGCCGAGAAAAUGAAUUGUGUCGCGGAAAAAUCAAUUUGCUUUUCAAUCGAGCAACACGAUCGGCGAUGCGAGACUGCGCUCAUUAUUUUCUCAACAGACAAUAUACAGUGGCGGGCUGAUCCAGUGGCAAAAAAGUAUCAUUUUACAUCCGGGAAGUAUCAAAAAAUGUGGCGCAAAAUGCCUCCCUCUGCAAUUAAGAGCGAAGGAAUAAGAAUUUUUUCUCGAGCUCGAGAAUGUUUGCUGGAUUCGCUACCAAUUUCAAAAAGUAGCGAAAUGAUCUAUUUGCGACGUGGUCUCGGUAGCGAAUCCUUCUUUUCGCGACCUCCGAAAAAAUCUGUCGCGAAUCGGCGUUUUCGCUUCCUCCGCGAGAGAGAAGGUAGCAAAACGGCGUUUUUGCGACGGCACGGAAUUGGGAGGUAGCAAAUCCGUGGAUUUGCGACCUCCCAAAUUGACUCCGCCCACUCCGGCGGAAAUUUUUUUUUCUAGCGCUCCGGUUUGCCGUUUUGAAUAUAUUUCGAGUGUAUAAAGCACUAUUCACAACUCCCAUACAUUUUUCUUGACAAUAACAAUUUAUUAAAACAAAUAAUCCAAAAAAUAACAAGGCGUAAGAGAGGAAAUAGAGAUAUUUUACAUUUAAAUCGGUAUAAAAUAAUUCUUGCUACCAAUUCACAACUAAAUAAAUAAAAAUGCCUCUUGGGAACACACAGUUAAACAAUAAUAAAGCUUAACAUAAGGCCAAUAGAAAGACUAACAACAUCUCUAUUAAAUAUGAUAUGGCCAGGGAUGAAACAACAGAGAAUACGGCAUUGAAAUCACGGUGUUAUGGACAAUACUGCAAGUCUGUGUGGAGACAUGGCCCUGGAACUGCCGGGGAGGUCCUGGAUCUGCUGGGGAGUUCCUGGGACCUGCUGUGCGGGGUUGAACGGCUAAGACAGACGUAGCCGCGGCGUUUGAUGGGGCCGGUCAUUCUUCUCCUAAAGCAACAAAAUAAAAUAAAAAUGUUUCUUACUAUCUUGUAGACCCACGAUGUAGACCCAAUUCUUGGCAGAAACCAAUUCGUGCACAUAUUAGAUAACUAUCCUCAUGUGGUCUCCAACAUAUGGCCUUCUGCGCCGGGUGCAAUAGACAAUUCUGCCUUCAACGACUUUUCCAAACGACUCGUCGAUGCAUCGAUCUUCCCGCACUCCAUUCUUUUCAAGUUUGACCAAGACACAUCUCCAAUUUGACGCAUCCCGCUCGGACCAUAUCUUACUGAUAAAACCAUAACAUCCUGAUCCUUGUCGUUAUUACUAAAAAAAUAAUAAAAAAGAGCAAGUCUUACAUAAACUACGUCCAAACAUUGAAAUUCGGCCUUGCAAUCGGCCUCAACAGCUUUUCAAAAGGUUCGACUGUCCAAAAGACGGCAGACUCUUUUGAUAAGACCGAGGAAAUCCUUGUUAUUCAACUAAAACAACAACAUACCAAGAAUAAAGCUUACGUAAUUGUCCAACCCGGAAUUCGGCCCUCGGUUGCCUUCAAUUCGGAUCGAAUGAACAGAAAUCCCACGAAAAUUGGACCUAAAAAACGUUCUCGGACUGCGUGGCAUUUCGUUUUCACGGGCCGCGAAAAACAUAAUUCUUUUUCCUUUUGUUGAAUUGGCCAAAUAGAUGCAGAGAAGCUGAAUUAGAAGAUAACCCGACUCAAGGUGAUCGCCAUACCCAUCGGGGACGAAAUUGGCGGGGAACAAGGCUUUUUGACUCCAUGGUAAGGUGUUUUUUUUAUUAUUUUUUGAUUUUGGACGAGAUUUCUAAUUUUUUCUACAUUAUUCAUCGCAAGAGUCUAAUAAAUCUUUUUCAGGAGGCAGAAACAUCGAAAUCGGACAAAGGAAAAGCCGUGUGGUAGUUGCCAAAGGAAGUAAGGUUUGAUUUAAGUAUUAUUACUUUGUUUUUAGGUAAUUUAGAGAUUGAAAUUGUUACCUGGAAUCAAUUUCACUCCCAUCGGCCGUAUUUUUGCCCAAGACUAUGCCCAUUUCGAUGCUAGGAUUAGACACAUGCACUAUGAGGUAAGUAUGAAGGUCUUUUUUUCUAAAAAUGAGAAGGAAAUGUUAUAUUGCUUUUGAUUUCCAGGAAGAUCCAUAUUCGACCAUGUUCUGCCACCCCAGUCAUUGACUCUUGGGCCAUAUCUGGACAAUAUUGUGGAAAAACAAAUGUUCUUCAGCCCCAUCCAUUGACUCUCCGGCCAUAUUUGGACAAAAUCGUGGAAAAAAUAAAAUAUAUUCUUCAUAAAAUGUACGUUAUUUUCCAAUAAAUGCUUUAACGAGUCGAGGGACCUUUUUUCUUUCAUAGUAUCGUAAAUGUCCGAUUUGUAAGCUAAAUUUUGCACCCUAAACGGUGUUUUUUCGUCAAAAAGCCAAACGUGAUGGCUGAAAAACUGAGGGGGCGGGGCUUAUUUUGGGACGUCGCAAAUCCAUGGAUUUGCUACCUCCCAAUUUUGCGCCGUCGCAAAAUGGCCGAUUUGCUACCUCCCAAUUUUGCGCCGUCGCAAAAUGGCCGAUUUGCUUCCGACGCCUUUUUUGGAGGUUGCGAUUUGAGGUUUCCGCUACUUUUUGAAAUUGGUAGCGAAUCCAGCAAACAUUCUCGAGCUCGAGAAAAAAUUCUUAUUCCUUCGCUCUUAAUUAAAAAAAAAUCCGUCUUGAAGGGCGCGCCCCUUCUCUCACAAAAGAGGGAAGAAUUAUGCGACAUUUUGCUUCUUUCCUUGAUGGAAAAUGAUACUUUUUUUGCCACCGGAUCAGGUCCCCACUGAAAAGGCUGCCAAAUUUUUUUAGGAAUGCAACAGAGAGCUCAUUGGAUAUGAUGAGUUUUUGGAAGAGCUCAGUCUGGUUGAUAUGGUCGAUCGUCACAGUGAGAUUCGUCAAUUCCAUAAUGAACAAGCCGUCUACGUUUUCGAAGGGUCUGGUCACAAAUUCAGCUAUGCAAACCGGACCCCUUUUUUGGUACAAGUAAGGUUGCUUCAUAGACUUGGGGGGUCGCAAAAAUGAAAUUUUUAAGUUACAGGGGCGCUGUUGGAUGAGAUAUAAGUUCCAAUCAGCAAAACGCCCUAAGGCAAUUUGCAAACAUUACUAUUUUCAUUCAAAAAAAGAAACGAAAAAUCAAAAAUGUUCCGAUUUAGUGAUAAAAAUGCCAUACUUAAAAAAUGCCCUAAGGUAAUACUGGAAAAAAAUAAAGUAGAUAAAAAAAGAAAAAAACAUAAAGCCUUGGUAAUCCAAAAAAUAUUUUAAACCAUGUUUUCAGGCCUACGGAAAUGUCUACGACGGUCGUUUGACCGGCUUCCAGUAUCAUUUUAACCCCAGUCACAACAAUGGAUUAUUAGCAACUACCUAUCGAUACUAUAAUAUGAAAAUGGGAACCUCUAAAGAGGAUCCUUACAAAACUGUGCCUUCAUUGUGUUUUGAAAAAUAA